AUGACCUCGACAAUCGGCAUACCCAUCAAGCUUUUGAACGAGGCCCAGGGCCAUAUCGUGACGCUGGAGAUCACUUCAGGCCAGACAUACCGAGGAAAGCUGUUGGAAGCCGAAGACAACAUGAAUGUCCAGCUCAAGGACAUCACCGUCACCGCCCGAGACGGCCGGGUCAGCCAUCUGGAGCAGGUCUACAUCCGCGGCAGCCACGUGCGCUUCUUUAUCGUUCCUGACAUGCUACGAAAUGCCCCCAUGUUCCGGAGUCGCAACGUGCGCGGACGUGGUGUCGGCCUGGCCAGAGGAAGAGCAACUGUCAGCAGGGCACGAGCUGGUGGACGUGGCGGUCGGUAA